CCAGGUAGAAUAGCGGGCGGAACGUAUGCAAGACUCGGAGACUUUCCGUACAUGGCAGUCGUGCAUCAACUCCUGGGUAACGGAUUGAUCGGACAAUGCGGAGGCACAAUCUUAUCAAACAGAUGGGUCCUCACAGCCGCUCAUUGUGCGAUAAAAUAUCCAAAAAGAUUUUUGGUAGUUUUUGGUAUCAUUAACAAGUCUGGGGUAUUCGAGUCUUACCGAGGUCCCGGUGUGUCCAUGAUGGUGACUCAAGCAUUUGUACAUCCAUAUUAUAAAAUGGGCCUGAACGAUAUUGCUCUACUUUAUACUCCGCAAAAUAUUCCUUUCUCCAAUACUAUUAAACCGAUAAGCCUUCCUUAUCAAGAAAAUUUUGAGGAUAAAUCUGCUUUUGUGAUCGGUUGGGGGAAAGAACAUACAAAUAAUAGAUUAGCUUCGACAAGACUUAAGUACGCCAAAUUGCCGAUUACAACAAAUAGUGUAUGCGAGCGAUACUGGCACGGAAUCACUGAUGAUCAGAUUUGCACGGCACCAGGAUUAGGACGAGAUGCUUGUCAGGGCGAUAGCGGUGGACCACUCGUUGUAGUGGAAAAUGGCAUGGACAUUCAAGUCGGUAUUGUGAGUUACGGAGACGCAUAUUGCCCUAGCGAUAAACCGGGCGUUUUUACUAGGGUUUCAUCAUACGUAAAUUGGAUUCAUCAAACUAUGAUGAACACGUAUGAUAUAGUAGAAUAUACCCAAUGA